AGUGAUGACGCGGAAAGUGGAAAUACUGGAAAUUAGUGGAAAUGGAAAAUGUCAAAAUGAAAAUUAUUCGUAUUUCGUUCUUCCAAUUCGCGAGUUUGGCAAGUCACUAUGCUUAUUGCUGCCAAGUUCCACAUCAGAGUAUUCUUACAGGAAAAUAUAGUGCUUUGUUAUUGCCAUCGCAUAAUACGCAUUCGUAUUGCUGAAGAGACUUAAGAAGUGGUUUACGGUUUUGCUGAGUUAGAAUUUUUGAAAUUUUAACGGUACCUAAAUUUGAAUGCGAAUUUUUAAAAUAAAAUUUGUGUCGAUCGGUUGGCGUUAAAUAAUUUGUUCUUCUCGAAGUUUUCAGUUCUUCUACACUGCUUGUAGAAUACCUUUUGAAAGAUGGAUUCGGAAGACUGUAAACCUGUCGAAGUUCUGGUUUUCGACCAAGAUUGCUCAACAGAACUCAAAAGCGAGCCGAAAGAUACAACAAAUGAAGAUUACCGUGAGAUCGCUAUCAGUGAACUGGACUAUAGCAAGAGUGGCAAACGAUGGGUCAUAAAGGCCUUGGUGGUGAAUAAGUCCAGUAUCAGGACAUAUUUCAGUAACUAUAGAGCUGGAAAAUUUUUCACCCUAGAACUAUGUGACGAAUCCAGUUCUAUUCGAGUUGUCUGUUUUAAUGAAGCUUGCGAUAAGUUUUUCAGGGAUAUAGAAGCGAAUAAAAUGUAUUAUUUCGCACAUUGUAAAAUCAAAUACUCCGAUAGAAGAUACAAUGCGCUGCCUCACGAAUUUGAAUUGGUUCUCGAGACAUACGGCUUUGUUACACCUUGCAAUUCACAUGAAAAAAUAAUCGAGCUACCUCCAAUGAAACUUUGGAAGUUAUCAGAAGUUGUGCAGGAUGUAAAAAACGACUGUACUCUCGAGAUGCUUGCCAUUGGUGAGAAACAGCAAAAGAUGUUCAAAGUGCAAGCCUUGGUUUUCGACAUCGACGAAGACAAUUUCGAAUACGAAGCGUGCCCUUCGACAUAUUGUAACAAAAAGGUUGAUAGGCGUAUAACAGAUGUUGGCGAAUUAUAUUAUUGCAUGAAAUGUAAGAAAGAUUAUCCCACCUUUGAAUAUAAAUACAUGUUGAAGGUGACAAUCACAGAUUCGUCAGACAAGUGUCUUAGGAUGACCAUGUUUGAUGAAGCGGAACGAUUUUUGAAUAUAAACGUCGAUCAGCUCGUUAAAAUGCGCGAAAUAAACUAUGAAGAAUUCACAAGUUACUUCAGUAGAAGACUAGGUGAAAUCCAUACUUUUACGAUACAAGCUGGAAUGAUACUGUAUGAUGUGACGAAUGAAAUUUAUGUGAACGCAAUUUGUGAUAGCUUCUCUCUUGUAGAUUCUAAAGGAUCCACUUUACUGAGCCCAUUAGGCCUAUUUAUGGAUGAAGACCUACUUGAUGAAACGUCCCUAAAUUCAGAAUGAUUUUUGCUAAUGAACUACCAAUGAAUAAAUCCCGAACAAUCUCGUCUACAAAUCAACGAAAUCAUAUAUCGAUCGUACGAGUAUACAUUUAGUCUUAUAAAAAAAUCCAAGUUCGAAAAUUUUUGUUCAAAUGUUCUCUGAAACAGCUGAUUCUUAAAAUUUCAAUCAGGGCUGUUGAGAAGGGGCAACGAACGGGAGACAUGUUUGCGCAGGGUCCAGAUUUUCUGGAAGAUCUGACGAAGUAGCGAAGGGGGCCUGAUGAUUAAAAACAUUGUUUCUUCACAUCUUGAAAAAAACUUAAACUUUCGAACCCCUUUUGGCUUCGCUUCGCUCGAACCGGUACUUUUUUUAAAUUUAAAUUUCCAAAAAAACAAUGCCAUACAGCUCGCUGAAAAAAAAAUCGUUUAAAUUACACCUCAGAAAAUACAAAUAUUCUGAAGGUUUUGCCCUCGCUUCGCAUUGGGCUGAUUUGAUUUGUUUCUCUUUUUGAAAAUGAAGAAAAUUCACAGGUAGGUAGUUGAAGCUUCUAAAAAUGUAAGUACUUGUAAACGAAAAAAUGAAAAUUUUUACGAGUCAUGCGAAUAUUUUAUCAAUUUGCAAAAUUGUCAUUUAAUUACUUACUUUACCCAUUUUUUCUUUACGAGUCGGCGAAUUUUUGGCCAAUUCUCUCCCCCCCACCCACUUCCUGUUUCGUACCUGAAGAGAAGCCAAAUGUUUGCUCCGGACUUGCAUUGCUUCUCGACGUCCCUGGUUCCAAUUAUGUGACCAUCUUUACAAUUUAUUCACAAUCAUAUUUUUCAAUUCUUUUCUCAUGUCUCACCAAAUAGUACCUACGUAAAUCUCAAAAUGAAGUGUAGCCUUCUAUAUUUUAAUUGAUGUAGGUUUAAGUUUCAAGUUAUAAGUGGAGUGAAUGUGGUUUAUUUUCACUUGAAAUUUAUCAAAAUACAGUGUUCAGAGUGGCAAAACAGGAAAGAGUUUGACCACAUCCGUGAUCUGCGCCGUCAUGUGUAUAUUUGAGAAAUUGCUGGUGUUUGUUUUUCUUUAAUAUUUCUCGAAAUAUUGAUCGUACCAAAAACCUAAUGAUCUCGUAAGGGCAUUUCGACUUAUCACAUGCAAACAAACAUGACAAAAAUUGAUAAGAACUGUCGCUUGAGAAAAUUAAAAAUUAAAAAUUUGAUUAAAAAAAUUCAGAAUUCAAAAAUUGCGACUCGUGUCAUUGAACUUGAAGUUUGAUGAUAUUGAUAAGUUUGAAUAGGUACAAAUUUUAAGGUGAAAGCUGAACGCAUUUUUCCAGAUUUCUUAAAAAUUGCAUAAUGCACGUCAUUGCACCUCUCGAAAGCAAAAGUUUUACAAUAUCUAAAAAAAAAUCAAAAAGCGAAAAACAAUUUUUUCAUGCCAAGAGAGACCCUUUUCCAGCUACACGUAGCACCGAGCACCCCAUAUUUAUUAAGACAAUUUUUUUAGAUUCGGAUUUGGAUCCGAUGUUUUUGUAUUCUCUUUUUCAUAGUUUUAAUUUAAAUAGGUACCAUACGUAUACCAGAUACCUACCUAUUGUUUUUUAAUUAUUUUAAUUUUUAUCUGUUAUUUUCUAUUUAUUUUUUGGUUUAUAAAAUUAAAAGUGCUCCGCGGAGUUGGGAGUUGUGAUAACAAUCGUUUGUGAGAUUGUUGUUUUGUUUUUUUUUAUUAUAUUUUAUUUUUUAAAUAUAACCUAUUCACGAUUGAAU